AAAUUUUUUAUGUGCAAGAAUAUUAGUAUAAGUUAUUGAAUGCAUAGGAAUAUACAGUAGAUAUUAAUCUGUAAACAUUUGUUUAAUCAAUCGAUUGCUGUUAUAUUGCAUAUGUAUUGUCGGGAAAUCAUUAAUUAAAGUAAGUUAUAUGAAAAUAGUGCCCAAAUAUAAGACCAAACAUUGAAAGCAAUAGUUAUUAAAACGCAUGAAUUGAACGAUUGGUUGCAAAUAAUCUUUAAAUACAAAAAUUCAUCAAAAAGUGAAGUGUUGUGAACUGCCGUCCCCUCCCAUUCAGUGCAUUACGUGUGUGUAUGCCUGGAGUGUCUGUGCAAUCAGAUUAUUCUGUAUGUAUACUAACGGCCUCUCAUAGCCUGUCGUAUCAUAUUCUGUGCCCAAGAAUACCACGAAUGCGACGUUAAGUAUACAGUAAUAGUAUAUAACGUUAAGUAUACAGUAUUAUAGUAUAUAAGGGACUGUUGUGUCGCUCAGGGCUUACAAUCAAGAAUUGGUGUUUAGCGUCAACAGUGUUUGAACGGACAUCCAUUCACUCCACUGUUUCAAUCAUCUCUGUCUUCAUUGCAAUUAUUAUCAUUGAAUUGAACACUAAUUUAUUGCUAUUUAUAGUCAACACCUAAUAAUCGAUACAUAAUUUGUUAUAUUUAUAAGACUCACGAAUCGCUUGUUUAUAACCGUAGAGAAUAUAUUCUCGAAAUUCUUGAUUUAUUCGGAAUAAGAAUUUUAUUUUAAUUGUUCCUUUCGUUUGGAUAUAUAUUCGUGGUAUCGGUAAAGAUGUCGAAAGUAAGUCAAGUGCGACAGAACUAUUUACAGGAGUCUGAAGCCGGCGUUAAUAAGCAGAUCAAUCUGGAACUGUACGCCUCCUAUGUCUACCAACAGAUGGCCUAUCACUUCAAUCGGGACGACGUGGCCCUCCCGGGGUUCCAGAAGUACUUCCAGGAGUCUUCAAACGAGGAGCGAGAACACGCCCAGAAGCUUAUGGACUUCCAGAACAAACGCGGCGGUCGUAUUGUCCUCCAAGACGUCACCAAACCGGCCAAAGAGGAGUGGAGCUCAGGGCUGGAGGCCAUGGAGGCGGCGCUCGAGCUCGAGAAGACUGUCAACCAGUCUCUGUUGGAUCUGCACGGCAUCGCCCAAAAACACAACGAUCCUCAGUUCCAGGACUUCUUGGAGACCCAUUAUCUGACAGAACAGGUGGACUCCAUCAAGAAGUUGGCCGAUUUCGUGACUAACUUGAAGCGAGUGGGUCCUGGUCUCGGGGAAUACAUGUUUGAUAAGGAGACUCUUCAGUAAAGCGCUUUAUAUUGUACUACAGAAUGAGACAAUCGAUUGGUUUGAUGAAUGAGUUUACAGGAAAUGAUGAAUUAUAUGAUUUUUGUAGAAAAAUAGUCUCUUUUUAUUUAUCUUAUUAUAGUAUUGAAAGUAUUAUUAAAAAUUAUUCCUACUCUUAAGACUUACAGAAAUACCUUACAUUUCACUCAGAGCUCGUCUUAACUCAAUAAAAAGCUUAUAAUAUUGUAAACACUUUAUGUUAAACUUGUCAUAUAUUCUAUAUCCAAAUGAUUGCUUUGAAAUAAAAUUAUAUUUUGAAUAUA